AUGCAGUUAACCGGUUGGCCUGAGUAUGUCUCUAUGAUCUACCUUCCUAUAAUUCUAGUGGGAUUGGUUGGAAACGGACUGUCCCUAUAUGUCUACACGACACCCAACAUGAGGAAGUCAACCGUGGCUUUCCUACUUUACUCACUUUCGAUUUGUGAUAUUUUUGUGCUCCUCUUCGCACUGCCAUUGUAUAGUAUCUCAUAUUUACCUAUUUGGGACAACGUGUAUGGGGCUUGGUCGAAACGCCGAAUGUUUCUCGCGUUUUCUACGAAAUUUUUCUAUCCAUUAUGCAUGACUGCAAAAACUGCAAGUUUGUAUAUUAUGGUGGUUAUCACAGUGGAAAGAUGGAUUGCGGUGUGCAGACCGUUGCAGGUUCAUAUCUGGUGCACAUUCAAAAACUCCGUGCGAAUCGUCAUCGCUAUCAUCGCCUUCUCCAUCAUCCUCAACCUUCCCAAAUUCUUCGAGUACCAAAUCGGCUACUCUGAUUCUUUGGGUUAUUGGCCGAAACGUGGUAUCCUUGAUGCAGAGGAGCAUUGGUGGUACUACAUCACUUAUUUCAUUUUUAUUUCUGUGAUAUUCGACUACUUACUUCCAUUUGUGAUCAUGUUCGUUGCCAAUAUGAAAGUAAUUAAUGAACUGAGGAAGUCAAGGAAAGAAAGAGCACUACUUACUACUUCGCUCCAAAAAGAGCAAAACACAACGGUCAUGUUAUUGGUUGUCACUAUUCUCUUCGGGUUCUGCCACUUUUUUAGUAUGGCGUUGAAGCUGAUGGAAAGUUUAUUCAAGGACUUUUUGACUCGCCAUAACGAAUAUUUCGAAGUGAUGAUAGAAAUCUCAAAUAUACUAAUUAUUAUCCAUAUUGGGACAACAUUUUUCAUCUAUUAUUUCUUCUCUGCAAGAUUCCGGAAUAUUUUGUCAUACUUGUUUCAAAAACGCCGAGACCUGCCUGAAAACAGUCUAACCGACGUGAACAAACGAAAGCUGCUCCAUAAAUCUGAUUCUACAUGCACAACGUUUGCAAAAACGUCUCCAAAAACUUCUAUGGCGUAA